AUGUGCGAUGAACUGCGUAACGUCCAUUAUUGUAACAACGCCGCCUACUUUGAGCGCUACGACAAUAACAACCAUAGGACCCACUGCCGGUACAUCAACGAUGCAGCCAAUCCCUGGAUGUACAACCAACUGCAUAACUUCUAUUUUUGUUACAAUGCCUCCUCCCUUAAGCGCAACAACAUCUACAACAGUGGGCCCAACUGCAGGUACUUCGACUGUCUUGCCGCCUCCUGGCUGUACGACCAACUGCAUAACGACCAUUAUCAUCACAACGCCUCCUACAUUUGGGGCAACAAUAAUAUCCACGCUAGGCCCAACCGCCGGUACAUCGACGAUUUUGCCAUCUCCCGGAUGUGCAACCAACUGCUUUACGACCAUUAUUGUUACGACAACUCCUACUUUGAAAGCAACAACAAGGAUAACACUUGGCCCAACUGCCGGUACGUCGACGAUCCUCCCGCCUGUUGGAUGUACAACCAACUGUGUAACGUCCAUUAUCAUCACGACACCUCCUACCUUGGGCGCAACAACGAUAUCCACACUAGGGCCAACCGCCGGUUCAUCGACGAUCCUGCCAACACCCGGAUGUACAACCAACUGCUUAACGACCAUUAUUGUCACGACACCUCCUAUUUUGGGCGCAACAAUAUUAACGACACUUGGUCCUACUGCUGGUACGUCGACAAUCUUGCCGCCUGUUGGUUGUACGACAAACUGCAUGACGUCAAUUAUUGUUACAACACCUCCUACGUUAAGAGCAACAACAAGGAUAACACUCGGCCCAACUGCCGGUACGUCGACUAUCCUACCGCCUCCUGGAUGUACAGCCAACUGCGUAACAUCCAUUAUCAUCACGACACCUCCUACCUUGGGCGCAACAACGAUAUCCACACUAGGGCCAACCGCCGGUUCAUCGACAAUCCUGCCAACACCCGGAUGUACAACCAACUGCCUAACGACCAUUAUUGUCACGACACCUCCUAUCUUGGGCGCAACAACAUUAACGACACUUGGUCCUACUGCUGGUACGUCGACAAUCUUGCCGCCUGUUGGUUGUACGACAAACUGCAUGACGUCAAUUAUUGUUACAACACCUCCUACGUUAAGAGCAACAACAAGGAUAACACUCGGCCCAACUGCCGGUACGUCGACUAUCCUACCGCCUCCUGGAUGUACAGCCAACUGCGUAACGUCCAUUAUCAUUACGACACCUCCUGCCUUGAGCGCAACAACAUCAACUACACUAGGUCCAACUGCUGGCACAUCUACGAUCUUGCCGCCCGCUGGUUGUACGACCAACUGUAUAACGUCCAUUAUUGUCACAACGCCUCCCGCUUUCAGUGGAACAACAUCGACGACACUAGGUCCGACUGCCGGUACAUCGACAAUCUUGCCACCUCCAGGAUGUACAGUUAA